AUGCCGCCGACCAGGUUCGAGGUGCUCCAGAGCAAGGGCAAGAAGAAACCCAUCUCGUUUCGGCGGCUGAUGGCUCUCAAACGGGUUGAAGGUGGCGACGUUUUCGAGUCGCUGACCCCGGCCUGGCCGCCGGCGCCGCACCGUAGAGCGUUUGGAGGACAUGUCUACGCCCAGGCAUUGUGCGCUGCCAGCAAGACCGUGGAGAAGGGGUUGGUGGUUCAUCAAAUGACGGGGUACUUCAUCCUCCCUGGCGCCAUUGACAUUCCGUACGUGUACCGCGUGCGCAGGAUCAGGGACGGCGGCAUGUACUGCUUGAGAGGGGUCGACGUCUACCAAGCUUCGGACGACGCCGCUCAGGGGAGGUCGCCUUGCUUUGUCGCCACCGUCUCCUUCAAGCGAUCCGAGACGGGCAUCAAGAAGUGGACACCCUACGAGUACCAGAACAUGGCCCGGGACCAUAUCCAGAAAGAAUACAGCAGCGUCCUUGAGGGCCUGAAGCCCCAGGACCACCCCGACGCACCCGGCGCCGAUGCCCUGUGGUGGGAACAGGAAGAAGAAGAGUUCUGGAGCCGCGAUGCGGCGGCAUUUCCUGGGGUGGAAUGCAGAAAGGUCGACAUGGCCAGGUACAACGGCGCAGCGGAACCAGGUGGUGGACCCAACGGGGAGGGAGCGUCUCGCUGGCGCCAGUUGCUCUUCUACCGGCUCAUCCAGGACGACGACGACGACGACGAACAACCGUCCGAGGCGGGCGAGAGAGAGGAAGCCGCCAACGACCUGAACCUCCACGCCGCUGCGCACCUGUACGCGUCGGACAGGAACUCGCUCUUCCUGAUCCAGCGCGCUCUGGGGUACGAGGCAGUCCGCACCACCAUGGCGUCGCUGUCGCACACGGUUGUCUUCCACGGCCCGGCCGACCACCUGCGCAUGGUGGACCAGCUCGGGGCCUCCAGGUGGUUCGUCCAGGAGUCGUGGACCAGCAACGGCGGCGACAACCGCGGCUGCCAUCACAGUCUCCUGUGGAAUCCCCAGGCCGGUAGGGUCAUCGGCACCACCAUCCAGGACGGCAUGUUGCGGUUUCCGGCCCAGCUCGUCGAUAAGGUCUCCAACGCCCGCGGCGGGACGGAGAACUCGUCAUUGUCACGGCCUGCUCGCAACAAGGCGGGCAGCAAAUUAUAG